CAUCGCUGUCCCCGUCUGUCCCCCAGGUGUGAGUCACGCCUCUGUCUGGGCAGCUUGCAUCUCCUUCCUGAGCGCUGCGGUGCCGCCUGCGCUGAGGACGUCUGCGCAGGGAAUCCUGCAGGGCCUUCACCUCGGUCUGGGCCGUGGCUGUGGCGCCAUGGUGGGGGGAGUGUUCGUCAAUUAUUUCGGAGCUCCAGCGACGUUCAGAGGAAUCGGCAUGGCCUCCCUCGUCAUCCUCCUCAUCUUCUCCUUCAUCCAGUUCCUGAGCGGAGAUACUGAGGGGAAAGAGGACAAAAUGUUAGCGGAGAACAUCCCAGUUCCCUCCAGCCCGGUCCCCAUCGCCACCAUCGACCUGGUCCAGAGCCAGAGCGAGGUCGGGAGCCCGGUCCACCAGGCCGCCAUCUUACCCGUGAAGAAGACCAAGCACCAGGAGGAUCAGGAGGACGUGACGCAGCCGGCCUGGGUGCUCUCUGGUGCCCCCUGGGUCACCAUCGCCUUCGCCAUCUUCCAAAUCAAGGAAAUGAUGAAGAUGAAGAAGAGCAGCGGACCACCACCAGAGGCGGACCCACUGCAGGUACUUAAUGACGGGGCGUCGGCUGAGACGGCGGCGACGUCACAGGAAAAUUCAGUCCACGACGGCACAGAUCCGCCGCCGGACAACUCCGAACCAAACACCGCCCACCCGGAUGAAGACCAAACGCACCCACACUCAGACAGAGGAGGGCCUCGUGAAAACCCAGCGCUCACAGCAGAAAACACAGACUGACGCUAAGUGUGGAAACGAUUUCAUUUACACACUCAGCCUGUUUUACGACUGCAAGAAUAUCCAUCAUAACAAGUCGCUUAACAAAUCUGCAGGUGUGGUGAAACCAUUCCACCGUAGCUACAGGUGCAACAUUAUAUUUAAAAUAAUUUGAGUUGGAAAUAUUUUAACCCUCCAUUUAAUUUAUAAAAACGGUUUUAGGUCUGAGACUUGUUUAUAUGGGUUUUUGUUUUUGCAGUGGGACUUAAGUUAAAAUGUUUAGAUAAAUAAAAAAAUUAAAAAAGAGGUGCGCUUGGUGGCGUUUGUUCGUCCCAGACAAGCAAAUCCAACACACCUCUGAGCUCUGUGCACUAUAUCCUAACUGCCCGUUACCGCUGGAGUGUGGAGGAGAACCCUUCAAGUUUCAAUGAUGUGCCUCUGGGUCAGUUAUCCUGUGACGUUGUUCUCGUGGAAAGUGAUGAAAUCUGACAGAUUUAAAAACAACUUGAGGAAUUGAAAAGAAGUGAACGACAGCACAAACUAAAGGCGUAUUUAGUUAUUCACUCACGUCAUGUUGUUGUUCUUCACGUAUUCACACAGAGGUUCUCGAACGUCUGAGCCUCAUUUCUUUGUACUGAACGUUCUGUGGCGCAGCGUUCGUGGACCUCUGUAAUGUUCAACUGUAAAAGCAGAUUCUUUAAAAUGAAUUCAAGUUUUAUAUGAUGCAACAUGAAGAAGGAGACUUCGCCUCAGAUAUCAUCACUUCUCUCGAGUUUAUGAAUUCUGAGCGUCGGCUGAAGCGCUGACGCUCCGUUGCUGUGUAUUUGUACUUUCCUGCGGAGCACACUGAUGAAGAAGUGCCUCUUUUUAACACUGUUCGCCUAUUUAAUCAUCAUCGUUGUCUUAACUUAUUAUAACAAGAUGUGGAGCAGGAAUCCCUUUACGGUCGGGAGUUUUCUCAAGUCCAUUCCACUGCGUUUGUAUUGAAACUGCCAAUAACUGACACGUUGUGUACCUGCUGUGUUUGUGUUUGAUUUUCAUGCCAAAUAAUUCCCAGUAUUCAGUGUUUUUUGAGUCGGAACGUUUCCAGGAUUGAAGAAUUCCCGUUAACUGUAAUAUGGAUGAUUAAUUAAAGGACAUUUUGGGGAAAGAAAAA